CUAUUAUGCUUUAUUUUGAAUGUAUUACUGCCUUAUCCCUGUCCAUGUGGUUGGCACAUCAACAUCUUCUGAAGUAAAAACUUUCUGUUGCUUGUUUUGGUUGAAAGUGACAGCUGUGCUGCUGUCUAUGAACAGAUAAAAAUUAACCAAAUAAGGGCUUCGAUUAAAAAACAUCUCCAAAAAAAAAUGCACAGUAAAAUUGACAUUGUGGGGAUCAGUUUAUCUGUCAAGUGUGUGUCAAGGAUAAAUAGUCAAGUGCACAGAAUCAGAUCAGCUAAUGCCGGGUGUCUUUGUAUCUGCAGGGGACUAUGACCCACAUGUCAAUAAAACAAGGGUUCAUGGGGGAUAACAAUGCUGUGCAGGACAACCAAAUCAACUUAAAAGUUGGAUUUUUGCUGUUUUUACUCCUUGGGUUUGAGUUCAUACUUUGCAUCAGAGACACAUGGACUCAAUGUCAAUGACAUGUUGGACUGAACAGAUAAGACGUGUUACAGAUUACAGACUGCAGUGCUGCAGCUGAGGACAUUUUCAUAUUUCCAAAAGCUCCUAUGGGAGGAAAGGAGGAGCAACAGCAUCUAGUUUGGACCCAUGGAGCUUCAUCUCCAAAGGGAAACAUAAAAUUCAAUUCUAAAUUUUCUAAAAGCAAUCUGAAAGCAAACUUUAAUAGAGGCAGUUUUUAUGUUCAUGUUUGACGUGAAAGUAUUUCCAUGUUUUAUAGUAACCCUCCUGUUUAAAGGGGACAAAGAGUACAGAUAGUGACAAAAAGUCAAACCCUGUUUUAUGGCGUCUCAGACGAUGGUCAAAGUCAGCAAAUCUGUCAUCCAGGGCUCAGAUAGCCCUGCUGCUGCUGAGGCCUGUCAUCACAGUACUGUGUUGACUGAGAGAACCACAUCAGGUAAGUUCCAGUCAAUGCACCAUACAGUGGCUGACAUGCAACGAUCACGUGUGUGGUGUGUGACGGUUCUGCAGCUUGUCAAGUGUUACUGUAUAAAAUCACUGUAUAAGCAGGCUCCUUAGAAACAAGUCAAAAAUGUUUAACCAACUAAAUUAAGUAAAUCUGCCAAAAGGAUAAGAAGAUGGUCUUACGACAAAUUUUAAUUUUGAGCAAAAUUUCUAGUUACUAAGACAUGUUUUCUCAAACUGAGAUUAUUUUGCUAUUGGAAACCUUUCUUGAUAAGACUAUUUUUCCAAAAAUAAGACAAUUUUUCUUGAAACAGUGAUCUUUUGACUUUAUGUUUUUCCAGUGUGUACAAAGUGUGAAUUUUGUGUUGCUAAAAUCACCACUAUUGUUUGUUGUUUGUCUUUCAUGCUUUGCUGGAAACCACCGGUUUGACAGAAAGGUUUGUCUUUAAUCCAAAAGAAGGAAUAGACAAUCCAGCGAUGACGGCUACAGACAGCACAGAGCAGGAGUCAACACCCAGACCACACCUGUAUGUUCUCAGACGGGAGGAGGACGAAGGCUUCGGCUUCGAUCUGCCAACAGGGACAGAGAAGGACAACGGACAUGUGAUUAGAAAUGUUACAGCAGGAGGGGCGGCACAGCGCAGCGGCCUUAACGAUGGCGACAGAAUCCUGGAAGUCAAUAACUGCUAUGUUGAUAGUUUAUUGUGUUCUGAAGUGGCAAGAAAAAUUAGGCAAAGCGGACAACAGUUAUGCUUAUUAGUGCUGGAUGGAGAGGCGUAUGAACGUGCUCUGUCUCAGGGUGUGGACCUCCAAGGUCUUGCCAGAACACAUAAAGGAAAUGAUUUAAAACCGCCCAGGCUAUGCCACAUCACCAAACACCCAGACUCUGGCUUGGGUGUCCACUUUGCCCCCUUAGAAGGAGAAAAAGGUCGUUUCUCCGUGAAUGUGGUGGCAGGAGGUGCUGCUGAGAAGGCGGGGGUGCUCAAAGGAGAUCAUCUGGUGUGGGUUGAUGGAGCAGUGGUGUCCCAUCUCACACACUCUGCCCUCAGUAAAAUGAUGAAAAAAUGUGGCAAUCACAUCACCAUCAUGGUGAUAGACAGCGAGAGUGAGAUGAUCUACAGGCAGAAGAAGAUUCCCAUUCUUCCUGCCAUGGCUGUUCCACAUAAUCUGCCUUUUCGGGCCAGAAAGCUCCACCUCAGCAGAGGGGAUGAGGGCUACGGUUUUGUCCUUCGGCUGGAGAGGACAGUGUCAGGAUGCACAUAUCAUUUUCUACGUCAGGUGGACAGGGGGAGCCCUGCAGAGGAGGCUGGCAUGACCGAUGGAGAGAUCUUAUUGGAGGUCAAUGGAGAGUCAGUAGAGUCACUGACACAUGCCGAGAUCGUGGAUAGAGUGAGACUGAGUGGAGACAAGUUGUCCCUCACCACCAUCAGCUUCCCUGGGUUGGAGUUUUACACAAAGCUUGGUCUGUCCCCUGAGCUCUUCUGUGAAGAUGAUGCUGCCAAGAAAGAGGAGGACAAAAGUGUCUCAGCCGCUGCAGAGCAGGAAGAAGAGGAAGUCUCCGUUUUAUGAAUUGCAGUCAUCAACCAGCAGAGGAAGUUUCAACGUCAACUCACCCAAAACAAAAAAAGCUUUAGAAUGGGAAUAAGAGAACAUCUAGAAAGCCCAAAGUGAAAAUAGACCCUGUGGACUGAGACUGAGUUGAGCAUGUAGAAAACUGCAACAUUUCACAUCAACAAAAACAGAAAAAAAUGGGAAUUCCGCUACAGCAAUCUUACGCAGAAAAGGUCGUAUAUGACUUAGCAAUGUCUACAUUUAAACAUAUUGAAACUGGUGAGGAAGCAAUCUUCUGAGAGGACUUUUUUAAUUUUGGGGAAGUAUUAAAAACAACAUAAACUGUCAAAAUAUACAGAAAAGAGUCUUUGCAGGAAUGUCCAAAUGAAGUCUGAAUUAUGCUUUCUUUGAGUAAUAUCAAGAUAAUAUGAUCCGUUUGGUAAAUGUAUGAUUUGCUUCUUCUGUUAUUUUGCUUUUAAGAAUAUUUUUGUCUGUAUGUUUUUCAAAUGUUUAGGUUACCUGUGUACAUUAAUUUAAAACUUUAAACAGAGUAUAAGACAACAGGUGACAGCAAAAAGGAAGAGCUGUUCUAAACAGUAAUGCAGGACUUUUGAGCAGAUAAUAACAGCCAGAAAAUGCUUAUUUUCAUAUGACAGAACCUGCUGUUUAAAUAUUUAUCUUUGAAUAAAUCAUAUAACCUUUGCGUUUAUCAU